UAUUGGAAUUGGUUUGUUGCUAUUGGCAUUUUGCGCUCGAAAUUUUUUUACCAAUUCGCGACUUAUGUAUUUCCAUUUAAUAUCUAAAUUAGUACAUAUAAAGAAGAAUAAAUAAUAAGCUCUAUUAAUUAUAUUAACUGAAUUUAAUAGCAGUGCUCGCGUUAGUCGAGAGAGGUGAAAAUUUGAAGCUUUUCUAGAAGGAAAAACUGACACCAUAUUUUGGAGGGAAGUUUAUUGUUGCCGGCAUGUCGCAUAUUCACGACUAUGAAGAACUCGUGUUGGACGCACUUGAAGUGGUGGAAUUUAAAUUGAUACGUCGCAAGCAAGAUCUGGAAGAUGAUAGUCUUGUAUUUCACCCGUUGAUGGCACAUCAAAUAUUUGGCGAAUCGGAGAGCAUAUUUGGCUAUAAAGAUUUGCGAGUACGAAUCUUAUAUACUGCCGGACCACUACACAUUUAUGUUGGUACAGAAUAUAGCAGCCGAGUAAAUGAGAUAUCAGGAGGAGAUAUAAAAGCUGAUAAUGUUGUGCUCACUAUUGCUGAAAAGUUACCCGAAGGCUGCUUCUUUAUCAAUAUGGAUGAGUUUUUAAAGACCCUCGACAAAGCCGACAAAUUUCAACCUUUUGGCGAAAAAUUAUCCGAACACCAAGUAACUGACGCACAGGGAAAGGAGCGAUUGUUCGAAAUAUAUCACUGUGAUUAUAAAGUGCCGGCAUUUCUAAAAUUUUUCAGUCGCCUUCAAACAUUUAUACUUUGGUUUGUCGAUGCUGCAUCGUAUAUUGACAUUGAUGAUACACAGUGGAGCUUUUUUGUAUGCUACGAAAAAUACAAAAAUGAGAAUGGAGAUUAUCAGUAUGCAACGACUGGUUACACAACUGUUUAUGAGUAUUAUGCAUAUCCACAACACAUACGACCACGUAUCAGUCAAGUGUUAGUCCUGCCACCAUUUCAAAAGCUCGGGAUUGGCACAAGCUUCGUAGAGACCAUAUAUAAGCACUAUCAAUCUCAGAAAAACGUGGUGGAUAUGACUGUGGAAGAUCCAUCUGACGACUUUCAGCGUUUACGCAAUUUUGUGGACGCACGGUUAUGUAAGGGUUUGAAAAGUUUCGGAAGAGAUCUCAUUAAAAAAGGCUUCAGCAAGGAAAUGAUUAGAGAAGCACGGGAAACGUACAAAUUGAAUCCUCGUCAGUGUCGUCGCGUGUAUGAAAUACUCCGCCUCUAUUAUACAAAUUUAAAGGACGAAGAAGAUUAUCGGGCAUAUCGUUUGGAUGUUAAGCGACGUUUAAACGCAGUUCAUUAUAAGCAGAUAAACGACAUUAAGAAAAUGGAGAAAGCCAAUGUGGAUACAGAAUGGUUGAGAGCGCGUCUGCCCACACCAAUGCAACGCAUUGAACAGUUAAAUGAGGAGUACCAGCAAGUGGAAAGCGCCUAUAAACAGAUUCUUGAGAAGUUACGCGAUUAAGCAUGCGAUUUACGGUACAGUUAUUUGUGUUUUAUUAUCAAUGUCGAUGUUAACUAGUAAUCAGUGCAUUUGAGCAUUUGUUUUAAUUGAUUAUACAAUAAAAUUAAAUUAUUAAAAUUAAAA